CGAGUAACCGACGCUUAUAGUUAUAGCAACGGCCGUGCUACUGCUAACGCAUACGCAGUUUUCCUAGAUUUUCAGAUCUGAUUUUUUUGCAGUCUACGACGAAUAGCUCCGUAGCUCUUUUUGAUUACUUUGUUCGUUGAUUCGGCCUAAAAUAAGAAUUUUAACAAACAAGACUGAUUGACAAUUCGCAUCAAAAUUUCAGACAAGAAUAAUGGACUGGAGUCAGCUCAAUGAAGUCACGGACUGGAGUGACUUGAGUAAGAUUAUGGAUGGAGCUGUUAGCAGUGAAGAGAAAAAAGAGACUAAGAAGAAAGACCCUGAUCCUAAGCCCAGUGCUGAGGAGAAGCAAGAAGGUGGGCCCAGCCAAAGCAAUCAAGCAGGAAAAAAGCCUGAAUUGGAUCCAGAUAUCAUUGACGGCUGGAGCGAUAUGAAACAGUUCGAUGAUGAUCACGACCCAGACUGGUUUGAAGAGGAGGAAAAACGAUUGGCUGCCGUGUAUGGCGGCCAUUUCAUCAAGGUUAAAUACACUGAACAAGGCCGACCUGGAUACUUCUGUGAGCUUUGUGUCUCCGAGAUGAACGCAAAAAAGUCUCUUGAAGCACACUGUGAAGGCAUGAAGCAUCUGAAGAAAAAAGCCUUGUGGGAGAAGAAUGAAGCAGAAAAAGGUGGCCGAAAACGCGAUGACAGUGACGCCCAGCAAGGAGGAUGGUCGGAUGGUCCUCCCAGGAACUUUACACCUGCUGGUCGUGAUCGCAGCCCCUUUGGGAGGGAUCGCAUGCGAUCAAGGUCUCCUGUGGACGGCGGCCGUCGAGGUCGUGGGGAACGUUUCCGAGGACCAGUCCGCGGCAGAGCCCCGCGGCGGCGAGGUAAUCCACGUGACAGCUGCGUCCUGCCCACUGGUCCGGUGACUGUCUUUGAUGAACGGGAUGGAUAUUAUAGAGAUGAUUUUGGUCCGCCAAACAGACGAUACAGCCCACCACGCUAUCCAGAGAAUGAGCAUUUCCGAAGAAAUGGUCCUGGUUAUGAUGCUGGGCCUCGUCGUCCUGACGAAGAACAUUUCAAGAGAAAUGGUCCUGGCUUUGAUGCUGAACCUCGUCGUCCCGACCCUGAAUAUAUGGGGAGAAAUGGACCUGGCUACGAUGUUGAGCCACGUCGUGAGGCUCACGUGCCACCCAGAGCACCUGUUGAGAGACGAGAUGUCCCCGUUCACCGUGAGCAAAGUCCCGGGGUAUCCACUCGUAUUGCAGUUCCUACCGAUAAGCUGAGCGGUGGCACGGCAGGGCUCCUGCUCACCAAACUGGCCUCGUGCUACAUCAAAGACGAGGAUGACUCGGACCUCGCCUUGAACGUGAUCACGUCUCUCGCCAGCGCCUUGCGCGAGUACAACAUGAAGAAGGGCGAGAAGAAAAUUGCUGAGUUGCUGAUGGAAGCAGAGUUGAAGCUGAACACUUUGAAGGCUCUAAAAGUUGGCCUUAAGCUCCUGAACAACCAGCAAACGCCUGGUUCUUCUGCCGCUGCUGCAGCCGCCGCAGUGGCAACUCCCCGGCCAAUCGGCGGCGAAACUCCUCGGCCAACUACAGGCUAUUCUACAGCUCCUUCCUGGCAGACAGAAAGGAACGGACUGGCACCACCUAUUGAUCCCUAUGCUGGGGGCUUAGGGCGUUACCCCCCUCAGGGUCCAGGUCCUGUCCCAACUCGCGAUCCAGGCCCUCAUUAUGAUCCUCGUGCACAUGCUGUCGGUCCUGCUGCUCACACUCCUCAUGGCUAUCAACCUUAUCCCAGCGACGCGCGGGGCACUGAGCUUGGAGCACAUGGAUGGAAUCAUCCCUCGAACUACAACGCUGACCGGAACCGCGGCUUCCCCGCCCAGGGAACUGGUCCUUAUGCAGCUCGCUAAAAUACCAAUAUACAACCACCUCUUGCGAAAUUUCUUAGUUGUAAUAAGUAAAGUUAAAAUUCAAUCUCAACGUAGACUGGCGUGUAUCUUGGUGUACCUAGGACAUGCAUUACCCAUCAUUGGGAAAAGUUUGAUCCUUUCUCUCGUAUCCACCUGCACGUCGGUUGCAGAAUGCUGAAAGUAGAUAGACCUGUAUUAACCAGAACUUUUAUGAAAGGCUUUCUUUCAAUGCGAGACAGUUCUGUUCAGGAAUGUCCCAGUGGAUAAAAAAUUUCACCGUUUUAUGUGUAACGUUAUUGACGAUUUCACAGCUGGCACUGGUAUUUGCUUGCAAAGUUUUUUUUUUUUUGUAAAAUGACAGUUAGAAAUUGUUUGAUCGCUCAAUACCAUUGUUGGAAACUAAAUAUCAGUGCAACUGACUCGAUUGAUUUAUCUGACCUCAUCGCGAUCUGAAGAUGAUUGAAGCUAUAAGUGUAUUUAGUUAAUUAGUAUGAGGAUUGCUGUUGCCACUUCAAAAUAAGAGAAUAGAUAGUCUCAGUUUAAUAUCUUGUAGGACGUAUAAUUUUCCGUUAUAAUACUUUGAAUCGGAGGAUGAAGCAUUGUCUCUUAUUUAUAGCUGCAUUAUAGUUCAAGUAAUC